CUGGAGCUGCAACCUCGAAGCCGGAUUCAAAGCUCGAGAACAGCGCGCGCAGCCAUGGGGAAGGAGACGCUCGUGCUGUACCCGUCGCUAGGCGUGGGCCACCUCACCCCCAUGGUGGAGCUCGCCAAGGCCCUCCUGCGCCACGGCCUCGCCGCGCUCAUCGCCGUCGUCGACCCGCCCGACGCCGACGCCGUGUCGGCCGCCGCGGUCGCGCGCCUCGCCGCCGCCAACCCGGACAUCGCGUUCCGCCUCCUCCCUGUCCCAGCGCCGGCCAGCCCCGACGUCGGGGUGCACCCGGUGAGGCGCAGCCUCGACACGCUCCAGCUCGCCAACCCCGCGCUCCGGGACCUCCUCCACUCGCUGCGCGCCGGCCGCGGAGGCGUCCACGCGCUGCUGCUCGACAUGUUCUGCGUCGACGCGCUCGACGUCGCGGCCGAGCUCGGCGUCCCCGCCUACUUCUUCUUCCCCUCCGCGGCCAGCGACCUCGCCGUGUUCCUUAACCUGCCCUAUUUCUACCCCACCGUGCCGUCGUUCAGGGAGAUGGGCAGGGACGCGCCCGUGCGCUGCUGCCCCGGCAUGCCGCCGAUCCGCGCGGCGGACAUGCUGCAGACGGUGCAGGACAAGGAAAGCGAAGCGGCCAAGGUCCGGCUCUACCAGUUCAAGCGCAUGGCGGAGGGGGCGGGCGUGCUGGUCAACACCUUCGAUUGGCUGGAGCCCACGGCCCUGAAAGCCCUCCACGACGGCGUCUGCGUGCCCGGCAGGCCGACGCCGAGAGUCUACUGCAUUGGGCCUCUGGUCAACAGCGGCAGCAGGGGACAGAGCGGCGGCGGCGAGAGGCACGAGUGCCUGGCGUGGCUGGACGCGCAGCCCAAGCGGAGCGUCGUGUUCCUCUGCUUCGGCAGCAUGGGCGCCUUCUCGGCCGCGCAGUUGCAGGAGAUCGCCCGCGGGUUAGAGAGCUCCGGCCACCGGUUCCUGUGGGCGGUGAGGAGCCCGCGGGAAGAACAGAGCAAGUUCCCGGAACCGGACCUGGAGCGGCUGCUUCCGGCAGGGUUCGUGGAGAGGACGAAGGGCAGGGGCAUGGUGGUCAAGAACUGGGCGCCGCAGUCGGAGGUGGUGCAGCACGAGGCGGUCGCCGCGUUCGUGACGCACUGCGGGUGGAACUCCACGCUGGAGGCGAUCACGGCUGGGCUGCCGAUGAUAUGCUGGCCGCUGUACGCGGAGCAGAGUAUGAACAAGGUGUUCCUGGUGGAGGAGAUGAAGAUCGCCGUCGAGAUGGAGGGGUACGGGGAGCUCGUCAAGGCGGGGGAGGUGGAGGCGAAGGUGAGGCUGGUGAUGGACACCGAGGAAGGGAAGGUGCUGAGGGAGCGGCUCGCGGUCACCAAGGAGAAGGCCUUGGAGGCUAUUAAGGAAUGCGGGUCUUCUGAAGAGGCAUUCGCAAAGUUUAUCAGAGAUUUGGGGCAGAUUAGUAGCACUUGAAAUGGUUACUGAUGGGGUGGUGAGACAGAUGAACAACAAAAUUGACAGUA